AUUAUCAGGUUUUCAUGUUGUCGACAUAGAAAAGUACUACAUUGCGUACAUAGAUGCGAUAGAUAAAACUAGGUGUGUAGAAUAUACGAUAACCAAUGCUCUCUUCUGCCAUGCGUCAAUCGACGCCGGAUAGCGCGGGUCGUUUCUUUUUGGGACAGACAGUAGCGACGUUGGCAGGCUAAUGGUGGGGAUCAUUCUGUAGCAAGAUGUAUCUUUUUAUAUAUGCCAAAACCAGGGAAAAUAGGAACGACCUAUAGGAAAACAGGCUAAAAUGCCAAAAACACGGAUGUUUACACGUUCAGUUACAAACACUCGUCCAAUCAAUAUGACACUGAAUUUGGAAUGUUCCGAGGAGCCUCUAAGUGAAGCUCAGCUGGUGUUAAAAACAAAACUCAAGGAAAAUGUUGAUAGGGUUAUGGCUACCUUGGAUGAUUUAGUUGCAGUUCAUGGUGGUAAAUUAGUGUGUCAAGCUGGAGUUGUUAAUGCUUAUCAGUUUACAUUACCUACAUCAGCAGCAUCAACAGUAAUUCAAAAUAAUUCUCAACUUUUAAAUGUUACUCAAAACAAGAAUCAGCAAAUUAAACUGAAUAUUGGUAACACAAAUUCAUCUCAAGGAAAUAUUCAACUAGUUGUUGAUCCACGAAUGGGAGUCUUUCUAGGAUCUGUUACACAGUCUCAAGGUGAAGCUACUACAACCACUACCACAUCUUCAACCACGACACAGGCCCAACAAGAUAAUUACAAAUAUACCAGGUCUGGGCGUAAGACAAAAGUUCUUCAAGUACAACAACCUGAAAUUAUGGAGGAGACUUCAACAAUCACUCGUGUGAGACCAAAGGCUGGACCAGCGACACAUGUUGUUACACCAAGUCUUGCAGCUACUACCACACCGCAAGGUGUAACAAAUCUCAGGAUUAAGACUGUCAGUAAGCAACAAAUAGCAAGUCAAUCAACUGUCAAACCUGCAGAGCACACUAGUAUAGGAGGAAUAGCUGUUGGUUGUAAAGCUACGGCUGAUCAAAUUGAUGACACUAAAAAGAAUCAGCCUGAUGGCAGAGAAUUCACGUUUAACAAAACAGCUGGUGGCCGAACUUUUCCGUCUCUAGUAGUAGUAGCAAGGCCAAAUUUACACAACAAAGAUGUCAGUCCACAGAUUACACAAAAGGAAAGAUCGGAAUUAGAUGUUAGAGUCAAAAGCGUACUCAUGUUUAACGCCACGAAAUUUGCCGAAUGGUUAAUCCAGCAAGGCCUAGUAAGAUCUGAACAGUAUUGCAUGAUACACAGCACAAACCAUCAGAAGAUUAAGUUAAAGCUGGGAAUGUACAGUGACCAGGGGACAUUUCCGUAUUCUGGUGGUUACGUUUGGAUAUCCAACUGUUGCCCCGAUAGAUACGUUUCUGUCUUUUCUGGCUCCAUCUUUCAGGGAGCUCCUUACACACCCACAGUUCUGCUGAAGUUAAUUUAUCAUUGGGCAUGUCAGACCAACAUACAAAAUGUAGUCUCUUGGGUGAAAGUAACAAAUCUGUAUCUAAAAAAUUUCUAUACUAAUCUACGUAGCAUUUGCACAGCAGCGGUUUGGGAUAAGACUAAUAAGAUGGGAGGCAGAAAUUCCGUAAUACAAGUUGGUGUGAUUAGUUUAGGUACCACGUCACAAGACGGACACCUACGGCAGGUGAAAGUCGAGGUCCUGGGUGUGUUAGAUCCGUCUACAUCAGACUUACGGUUACGCGCUUGCGAGCCGAUACACGACGGAGAAAGAUCGUACAAACGUCGAUUUAACAAUAUCCUGCAUCCGUUGAAAGAAUGGGUUCACACAGAUUCCCAGAUUAUGACGGAUUUCACCGUAGAUAAAAGUACCUUGCACGAUAUGGGUUACAAACAUGUGAUACAGUCCACAUUUUCCGAACAAGAUCCAAGAAAUCUCAUGAGCAAUUACUACAUCAUGGAAUAUCUCAGGAGAAUUGUGCCCAGAAUGUUCCAGAAUACGCUCAGUUUACUGAGUAGGCAAAUGAUACAGCAAUUUCUCGAUGAAUUGGUUUGGAGAGAAAUGUAUGGCGCUACACCGGCACGUGCAUUUAACAAUAUCAUUCUGCACAUCGCAGAGCAAACCAAACUCGAUUACAGCAGUUCCUUGUUGGACCGUCUGGCGAAGGUAGCCGCUAAUCCAUUUCAUGACUGGUCUUACACGAAUUCACGAGCUGUUACACCACCGGCCUUGCCAAACGAUUCACUUCCGACGACUGAUGUGUCACCUCAAGUUGCAAAUACUACAAAUACCACCGAGCUACUAUUGUUAAAACCUGCUAGACGAGGAAGGAAGCGUAUUCAUUCCCUACCGAGCUCUGAACUCGAGCCGAAAAGGACUGCGAUCGAACCGAAGAGUAACAAAGAAAAGGAGAAAGAGAAUAGAGUCGAGAAAGAACCGAAAGAACAAAUUCAGCUUCAAGAAUUGUAUUACGCCACGAUGGAAGGUGAUAAGGAUUUGAUUUUGAAGGAACACAAGUCUUCGCUAUGUUUCAAGUGUUUCCUGUGCGCAACGGUAAUGAACUCUAACAUAGAGGUGAUGGAGCAUAUGGUCAGCCAUGUACCUCCUCAAGUACCCGGUCAAUCGGAAUUGUCAGUUUGUCGAUACUGUUGCACCGCCCUUUCGUCACAACAUCAGAUGCUCACUCACGUGGCGGAAACGCACAGCAAUUUCGGUCAUUCUGACGGCGUCAUGGUGGUUUGUGCCAUUUGCGAGGAAAAAUUCGGAAAAAGUAAGUCGUUAAUCGACCAUCUGUCCUCGAUGCAUUAUCCUUCCGAAAUGCCAUAUCGAUGCGAAAGUUGUGGUUACCGGACAUCUAGCCAUAAGGACGUCAUAGAUCAUUACUGCAAAGUCCACGAAAAGGGCGAAGGAUUGCAAUGCCCUUAUUGCUUAAAGGUGAUACAAUUUGCGAGCGAAGGCAACCCGAGCGCGUCCAGCGUUUACGCUUAUUUGUCGCACAUGCAAAGACACGUUGUAAGAAGGGACCAAGGGAGAGGUAACAAAUGUUCGAGAUGUUGCCUUUGGUUCAACCAAAAAAGCUUGUUGACGAUGCAUCAGCGAGAGUUACACGACUAUGUGUCCAAUUCAAAAGUGAUACCGUACACGGCUGGCAAUAGUGGGAUAAUGAUCUCGAAGGAACGGCCAGAGACGAUGCGAUUCGAUGUAGAUAGUCCAAUUCCGGAAUUACCACCGGAUGAAAAAAUACAAAAAUGGAGUACUGGGCCAAUUACAGUGUACAGCUCUGUCAGCCAUUUACCAUGUCAGGAAUGUGAAGAGGAUAUUGAUGAGGAAGAUCAUUAUCCAGGUGAACAGCAAUGUUCGCAAUGUCGUUAUGUCACUUGCUGUUGGCGCGCUUUCAAAGAGCAUCAACAACAAAUUCAUAAUGAGAGGCCGAAGACUAGUUUAGUGGUGCCGUCUCCUCUGAUCAAUAUCCCGCUGGAAAAGAAAUUACAGUGCCCAUGUGGUUAUACGUCGACCGAUGGCAAUCAUUUAGCAACUCAUUUAAUAAAAUGUAAAAGGAUAUCGGCAUAUCCGGUAGAAAACUCUUCGCGGUCUGGUAUGCUGGACAGUUUAGGAUUAGUUCCAAAAACUGCUUCUGAGAUAUCGGAUUUCGAACCAAACAAAGAGCAUUUGCGGGCAGCAUUACUUUUCUGCUUUCAUCUCAAGAAAUCUGCUGCUGAAAGUCAUCGUUUGCUAAUGAAGGCUUAUGGGCAGGAUGUUCUAUGUGGUGCAACUUGCAGAAAUUGGUUUAGACGAUUCAAAGAUGAUGAUUUUGACAUGAAUGACAAAGAACGCCCUGGUCAGCCGAAAAAGUUUGAAAAUAGAGAAUUGGAGGCAUUACUGAAAGAAGGUUCGUGUCAGACGCACAAAGAAUUAUCGAAAGUACUAAAUGUCGAGGAGUCAACCAUUAGUAAACGUUUAAAAACAAUGGGAAUGAUCCAGAAACAAGGAAAAUGGGUCCGAAUUAAUAAUUGAUACACGAAUUGAAAGAAAGAACCAUUGCGAAUGUUUAAUCAACGUUAACCGAAAAAUGGGAAAGGUUUUAGCUUCCGAAUGACAAUAAUAUUUUGAAUAAAAUAUAAUGUACCGUUCUUUUGAAAUAAAUAUGAGUUUUUAUUGCAAGAAACAGCGAGAAUUUCAAGCAUCUAAU